AUGAUGACUGCAGAGACUGGUUAUAAGUUGAGGUUUGGCCUACGGGAACUCUUCUAUGUGAGUCUGUGCGUAGUUCUGGGCUACCUCCUCAGAGUUCAAGAUUCCUACUCACUCUACCCUGUCUGGCGCAAGCGCAGUGAAAUGUCCAAGUUUGCCAAUGGGAAGUUCAUGACAGAUGCUGACAGGUGUCCACUUCCUGUGGUGACAGAUCUAGAAGGCGAUGGUGUGAACGAGAUUGUUCUUAUAUCAAAUGACCUGCAGCAUUUGAAUGUCCUGGCAAUGCCACCUCCGAGUGAGGAAGGAAGUAAAACACUUGCCCACGUGGUUGUGAAGGAUAAGGCUGAGCUUUCGCUUGUGGAGAGGGUCAAAGGUCACAAGUCGAGACCUGCUGUGGUAGGCGUUGGCUUCACCGUGCCCUACACAUCCAUGAUGCAGAUAAGAAAACAGGUUAUUGUAGUGGUCACAGAUGAUUGGCAGGUCCUCUGUUAUGCCCAUGACCUAAAACUUCUGUGGUAUCAGCAGCUACCGCUACCAGUGUCAGACUUUUCUUCGGUUGAGGUUAAGGCAUUAGCCGUUCUUGUGUCUCCAUUUUCUAUUGAGAAGAAACACAAAGGGCUCAUCGUGGUUUCUGGCAGUUUUCGGCAUAAAACCCAUAAGCCAGAUCUUCUUGCAGAAUUCAAAAGGAUUGAAGAACCUUCCAGGAAUCGAACCAUUAUCUUCAGCUCUGAAUAUGAAAAUGAAACCUUGACACACUUUUCAACAUUUGCACUCAGUGCAGAAGAUGGUUUGUUUUUGUGGAAACACACAUCUGGUGAUUUUGAAAAACCAAAACAAGAAGAAAAGAAAUCAUCCAGUAGGAGUGACAUACACUGGAAGCUAGCUCUGUGCCACAAGAAGGCACACAAGGGAGAGUCUCCCUGGUCAGACUAUGGCAGACAGUUGGAUGUGUUUUUGCCUCAUAUGUGGGCAGACAACUCAGACACAGAGAUCAUCAUGGCAAGAAUCAACAAGCAGUUUGACACAGACAUCAACGAAGCCCAGGAUUCACAUGAGACCAGCACUUCCCAGAAUCCCUCAGCCUUGUUACCCGAGCAUUUAAUUGGCUUCUCCUAUGGAGGUCAAAGGCCACACAGUGACCACGAGCAUGUGAAUAACCCAAAUAGCCUGAUGGUGAGAUCUCCUGAAGGCAUGCAGGUGUUGUCGCUGGUCACAGGUGAGCCGAAGACUACCUUGUUGUUUCCUCCUGACCGGUCAGUGUAUCUGGACAUGGAUGGUGAUGGUCAUCUUGAGAAGCUGGUCUGGGACCUGGGACAGCAUUACAGCCCGUGUUACGUGGAUGUCUGGCGAAUCAAUCCUGUACAAGAGAGGCUGCAACAGAUUGCCUUGUGCUAUAGUAAACGGAUUUUCUGGAGCAGAUCCUGGAGUCUAGAGGAGGACGUCUACAAGAAAAUUCCGCCCAAGGUCAUCAAAAGUGUUGCCAGAAAGUCUGGAGUCCUGCAUCAUUUUCUGGGCCACAGAUUAUUUGAGGAAAACACUUAUGACAUCAUUACUUUUGGUGGUUUGGGUCGUGUUAGCUCCAUUGGCAUUGAUGGAACAAUUCAUUGGCAGACUGCAACAGAGGCCAAGUGGGCUGAUCUAUCAAUGAACAUGAGAAGGGCCGGAGGUCGACCUGUGCCAGAUGAAAUCAAAGAAGAGUUCCUCCUCUCCUUCCAGCCCAGUCGAGUUAUAAUGCCUUUGAAAGAGGCUGGUGCCAAGGCAGCAGUGGCUGUAUCAGGCUGGAACACACUGGCUGUUGUGGAUCUCGUGGAGGGGACAGUGCUGGCUCAACACUCUAUCCCUGCACCAUCAACUGGACCUCUGGUCUAUGGAGAUUUUGAUAACGAUGGUUUGAUGGACAUCAUAUUGACCUGCAAAAAGGGAUACAUAGGAUUCACCAUGAAGCUGCAGCACAACUACGAGCUGACAGUUCUCUACACGAUUUCAGUGUUCCUCCUUAUUAUCUUGAUUUCCUGGCUCAUUUCUGCGUCCUCCCAGAGUGAGAGUGGCAGCGAGAAAGAUGAUGAUGAUGAUAAUGACGAAGAAGAGGAUGAAAUGGAUGACGACAACAUUGGCACCUAUCCUGUGAACUGA